AUGAGGCUCACGGCGGAGCUGAUCAAGGCGUCUCUCUCCUACAACAAUCCACUCGGCGAGCGCGAACUCGACCUACGAGGCCACAAAAUCCCCAGUAUUGAAAACUUGGGUGUCGCAAAGGACUCGGAAUGUAUCGACUUCACCGACAACGCCAUUGCGACUCUCGCCAACUUUCCGCUGUCACCGCGACUGCAAUCCCUCCUAUGCGCGCAGAACCGCAUUUCAUCCAUCUCCGAAUCCAUGUCCAAGAGCGUACCGAAUUUGCACACACUGGUCUUGACGCAGAAUGCUCUUAGCGAACUCGUCGAUCUUGAUCCGCUGCAAGGUUUUGCAAAGUUGACAUACAUCAGCCUGAUCGGCAAUCCGGUCGCAUCAAAAGAGAACUACCGCUACUGGCUCCUCUGGCGCUGUCCGCAAAUCCGAUUCCUCGACUUCCAAAAAGUCAAAGACGCCGAACGCCGCGCCGCGAAAGAACUCUUCGGCACUCACGACGCUCCCACCGAACUCGCACAAUCCAUCCUCGCACUGAAAUCGAACAGACUCGGACGACCUGGCGUCUCUGCUACGGCGAAUGGUGCUUCUGGAGGAUCGAAGUUCAAGGUCACGGAUGAGGAGAAGAAGCGGUUUCAGAUUUUGGUGCAGAAGGCAAAGUCGUUGUCAGAGGUGCAGAAGUUGGAGAAGAUGUUCAAUGAGGGUCGGUUACCUCCGGGUCUGGGUGAUGGGGAGGCGAUGGAUGAGACGUGA